CUCAUAUUGUAUUCGCCGGCGACCUCGCCGGGAUCUGGUCGGAGACUCUCUCUCCUGUUUGGGAGAAUCAAGCCAAAAGUGAGGUUCUUUUUAAUCUGGGUUCGUUUGGGUUUUGGUAUGUUGGCUGCGCUGUGGUAGAGCUGUUGCUAGAGGUGAUAAAGGUUAGGUAUUUUCUGAUUAAGAUAUAAAACUGUGAAGCUGGGGUCUUAAUUAUUUUAAUGCAAAGUUUUUGGUAAUCGAGGAAGGUUAGAGUUUCAAGACUCGAGGGAUAAUUAAGUUUUGUGAAAUCACAUUCUCUUCUGUGGAGAUAAUUUAUAAUCUUUUCCCUUCUUUCUGUUAUUAGAAUAUUGCAAGUUUCAGAAUUUUUAUCUGAGGCUUGGACUUUGCAUUUAAAGAUGAAGUAGACAUUUUGUCAAUGCUGAAUUCAAGGUUAUUAGCAUUGGCCAUUGGAGAUAUAAGUUGGUUUUGGGAGUGAGUUGGGUUGCACUGUGUGGAGUCUGGUGAAAAGUGGAUGUAGAGAGAAGAAUGAAGAUGAAGAUUUUUAGUGAAAGGAAGGUUGAGAAGUUGAGAAAUUCAAUGAUUUUGAGGUCCCAGACGAAGCUAUGGAUGAUCCGAGCAAUAACAAUGAUAUUGCUUUGGACUUGUUUUUCUCAGUUGAUGGCUCUGGGAGAGAUGUGGGGUACAAGAUUGUUGAAGGGUUGGCCUUCUUGUUUCAGCCAUUCUAAUUUGCCUCUGAUUGUUGAAUCCUCGUCUUUUCCGGAGAAAGUCAUUCUUCCUCCAAAGAGGAUAUAUAGGAAUAAUGGUUAUCUCAUGGUUUCCUGCAAUGGAGGACUAAACCAAAUGCGAGCAGCAAUAUGUGACAUGGUCACCAUAGCCAGAUAUUUAAAUGUCACUCUAAUUGUCCCAGAGCUGGAUAAAACCUCAUUUUGGAAUGAUCCGAGUGAGUUUCAAGACAUAUUUGAUGUUGAUCACUUCAUUACUUCUUUGAGAGAUGAGGUUCGUAUAUUGAAGGAGCUACCACCCCGGGUUAAGAAAAGAGUUGACUUGGGAAUGCUCUACUCUCUGCAACCAAUUAGUUGGUCUGACAUUUCUUAUUACCUUCAUCAGAUUCUGCCUCUUGUUCAGAAGUACAAAGUUGUGCAGUUGAAUAAAACUGAUGCUCGGCUUGCUAAUAACGGAUUGCCUAUUGAGAUUCAGAAGUUGCGCUGUCGUGUUAAUUUUAACGCUCUGAGAUUUACCUCCCAGAUAGAGGAAUUGGGUAGAAGGGUUGUCAGAAUUUUAAGGGAAAAAGGUCCUUUCCUAGUUCUUCAUCUCAGGUAUGAAAUGGACAUGUUGGCAUUCUCCGGCUGCACUCAUGGUUGCAACAGUGAGGAGGAAGAAGAACUAACAAGAAUGAGAUAUGCUUACCCUUGGUGGAAGGAAAAAGUUAUCAAUUCUGAAACAAGAAGGAAAGAAGGUCUCUGCCCUUUAACACCAGAGGAAACUGCUCUGGUGUUAACAGCACUGGGAAUUGACCGAAAUGUUCAAAUCUACAUUGCUGCUGGAGAAAUUUAUGGUGGUCAAAGAAGGAUGGCAUCUUUAGCAUCAGCAUUUCCUAAUUUGGUCAGGAAAGAGACUCUGCUGGAGCCAUCAGAUUUGAAAUUCUUCGAAAAUCACUCAUCGCAAAUGGCAGCAUUGGAUUAUCUUGUCUCCUUAGAGAGUGAUAUAUUUAUUCCUACUUUUGAUGGAAACAUGGCUAAAGUUGUUGAAGGCCAUCGAAGAUUCUUAGGAUUCAAGAAGACCAUUUCAUUGGACAAAAAGCUUCUCGUUAGUUUAAUAGAUCAUCACAAUAAUGGUUCAUUAAACUGGGAUGAAUUCUCCACAACUGUGAAGGAAACUCAUGCUGACAGAAUGGGGAGCCCUAAGAAACGAAAUGCCAUUCCAGAUAGACCCAAGGAAGAAGAUUACUUCUAUGCCAAUCCACAUGAAUGUUUGCAGUUGUUAGAUGAACCAUUAAGUACAUGAUCCGAGUCAUGCCGGUCAGAUGAAUAAAACUUCAUUCAUACGGAUACUCCACAUGUUUACAUGUUUGGUCACAGCAGUCCAGUUUGUGUCACAUAAUCACGCUUGGGGGUAGUCAGGCCCUGAGACCAGAUGCUUGUCAUCAGCUCCCAGCACUACUUAUCUUUCAAUAUUGUUCAAUAAUCAGAUUAAUGUAUAGAAUUUAUAAUAAUAAUAAUAAAAAGAAAAAAAAAAA